AUGACCUUAGGCCUGACAAUAGGCACGACUACAACCAAUACGACGAAGGACACUGGAGACAUUGUUUUCAACAACUCUGCCCCAACCGAUACUAUGCAUACCCAGGAACAGUACGAGUACCACAAGGACUCGUCCUCUGCGAACCAGCACAAGAAGAAUUUAUUCGAGAAAGAGACAGGCUUAAUGAAGAAGCCAGGCUUAGAGAAGAACAAGCCCAACAAACAUAGCCGAGCACCCAGUAGGGCAGAAACCUCUACCUCUAUCAAAGUAGACAACGAAACACCCGAAGUACAACAACAAGGAUCACUUCAGGUAGCAGAAAUUAGACUCGAACCAUUUGACAUUCCCCUGCCAAAUCUCGACGUACCCAUCCCACCUGAACGACAGGAAGAAAUAUACGAAGUCACCAGACAACUUCAAACCACCUCUACGAUGGCAGACAUAAAUACUCUCAUGCGAGAAAUGAUCGAGGCACUUCAAAAAGCAAAUGAACAUGCCUCUACCCCAAAACCCCAGAAGUUCGAUGGCACACAACAAAUUCAGGACUUCCUGAAAGAUUGCGACAUCUACUUUAAAGGCAAAGACACAACCAAGGAUGCAAAGAAAAUUCUCUUUGUACUCAACAACACCGAAAAGAAGCCACACAACUGGUGUCGCACCAAGUUCGACAAAUACGAAACCAGCAUGGCUUGGCCCACAUGGACCAAAUUCAAGGAAGACUUUGCCAAAGCCUUCCAAAAAGUGGACAGUGAAGUCGAUGCCAUUGUAAAACUCGACAGAAUUAUGCAAGCAGACUUUGACUCAGUCAAUGACUACAACAUCGAAUUUAAUCAACUUGUCAAAGAAGCCAAGUAUAACAACCCGAGCACAGACACCUAUCUCCAAUGCACCUAUACAGGAGGGCUCAAAUCCGUCCUUGCAAAGACUCUCAUCCAACGAGAAAAGAAGCCAACCACACUCCAAAGAUGGCAAGAAGAAGCACUCAAAUUGGACAAUGCAGAGAUAGAAUGGGACAAGCUCAGACGAGGAAGACAGAGGAAGGAUUGGCAAAACUACCUCUCACUCCGGAGGAAAUAG